GCCUCUCGCGGUGACGUCACGCGGGGCGGUGCUGAGCUGGCUGGCGCUUGAGCUCCCGCAGGCAGUGGGGUCAGGAAGCAAAUCUGGGGACCUGUGGCGGCUGUGGCAGCAGCAUGGCUGUACUCUACGGGGGUGUGGAGGGCACAAUAGGAUUCUCGGGCUGGACUGAGCCCAUUUUCCUGCUCAGAACUUGUCUAUUGAAAUCGUUGUGACUCUGCGUGUGACUUUGGGGGAGGCACAAGGUCCAAGGUACUUUUGCUGUCUGAAGAUGGGCAAAUCCUGGCAGAAGCAGAUGGACUGAGCACAAACCACUGGCUGAUUGGGACAGACAAAUGCGUGGAGAGGAUCAACGAGAUGGUGAACAGGGCCAAACAGAAAGCAGGGGUGGACCUUCUGAUACCUCUACGAAGUUUGGGCCUAACCCUGAGCGGUGGGGAGCAGGAGGAUGCAGUGAGGAUCCUGGUGGAGUUGCUGAGGGGCCGAUUUCCCUACUUGAGUGAAAACUACCUAAUCACCACUGAUGCCACCGGCUCCAUCGCCACAGCUACACCAAAUGGUGGGAUCGUGCUCAUCUCUGGGACUGGCUCUAACUGCAGACUCAUCAACCCUAAUGGCUCUGAGAGUGGCUGCGGUGGCUGGGGCCACAUGAUGGGAGAUGAAGGUUCAGCCUACUGGAUUGCACAUCAAGCAAUGAAAACAGUGUUUGACUCCAUUGACAACCUAGAGGCAGCUCCUCAUGAUAUUGGCUACAUCAAGCAGGCCAUGUUCACCUAUUUCCAGGUGCCAGAUCGCCUAGGAAUCCUCACCCACUUGUAUAGGGAUUUUGAUAAAAGCAGGUUUGCUGGGUUCUGCCGGAAAAUUGCCGAAGGUGCUCAGCAGGGAGACCCCCUUUCCUGUUAUAUCUUCAGGAAGGCUGGUGAGGUGCUGGGCCGGCACGUUGUGGCAGUGCUGCCUGAGAUUGACCCAGUCUUGUUCCAAGGAGAGAUGGGCCUCCCCAUCCUGUGUGUGGGCUCUGUGUGGAAGAGUUGGGAUCUGCUGAAGGAAGGUUUCCUUAUGGCACUGACCCAGGGCAGAGAGACCCAGGCUCAGAUCUUCUCUGGCUUCACCCUGAUGAAGCUGAAGUGCUCCUCUGCUCUAGGUGGGGCUAUAUUAGGGGCCAGGCACGUCGGACACCUUCUCCCCACAGACUACAGUGUCAAUGCCAUUGCCUUCUACUCCCAUACCUUUUCCUAGGAGGCUGGUUCUGGCUCCACCCACUCCAUACCCACCGGACAUUGGAUGUUUGAAGGAAUUUUUUUCCUUUUUAGAAAACACUUAUAGAAGAAAAUAAAGGCAUUUUAACCAGCCCUCAGUUGGAUUGUGUUAUCAAACACCUAUGCUGUGUACACCUUCAGUGUACCUCUAGCAGAUAUCCCAGAGGGCUUAGGAAUGGUUUUGUCCAGGGUUUAAAGCCCCAACUUCAGAUGCUUGGUCUAUAGUCUGCAUCUACUCAUCAUGCUCUUGGGAGUAUGAUUUAUCUGUAUCACCCCAGUGUAUCCCCCCAUUAGUAUAUGUACACACUGUGUGGCUUCCAGUUAACUUGAGACCUCGGUUUUCUCCUGUCAAUGAGUGUAAUGAUUCCUGCUUUACCAGUCAAUGGAACUAAGUAGUCUCCUCAUUAAAAAUCAUAUCAUAUCAGACCAUCCUGAGGGAUCCAGAGAGAUUUAGAGGAUGGCACAAUUUUAGUCUGGGAGAAUUUUUACCUCACUGGAUUUGGUAGUUGUAGAUUUCAGUUUUUCAUGUGAAUGAAUUCAUAGGAUUACUGAAAUCCAAGGCCACCUAGACAUCUACAUAUUCCUGGCUGCUCCUGUCCUGGAUAUAGCAUGAAACUUUGUAUUUGUUUUGUGGCCCUGGAAAUGGUGAGCAUCAGUGAGGAGCAUACAUGAUUCUCAUCCACUGGGUUCUGUAGUUUGACCAACAAAGACAAGCCUAAAGCUUCCUGUUUUGCUGCCUGUUCAACUUGAUGAAUAAAGAUACUCUUGAUCCACAGUGGCUGCCUCUGUAGGGGUCGAGUGUAAUAGAAGACAUGGAUCAUGUCCUGGACA